GGAGAAGCCCGGGAAGGGCGCGGGGAGCGGCGGGGCCGAGCUCGGGAGCGGCGGCGGCGGCACCGGCGGAGGGAAGGAUGGAGCCGCUGCUCGGAGUCCUGGCGCUGGCCGCGCUGCUGUCGCCAGGCCUGGCGUGUCCCAGCCCCUGCUCCUGCUCCACCAAGAAGAACGGGCGCCUGCUGGCCGAGUGCGCCUACCGCGAGCUGCGGGACGUGCCGCGGGGCUUGUCGCCGAAUGUCACCAUCCUGACGCUCUCCGCCAACCGCCUGGGCCGCCUGGGCCGCGCCUCGCUGGCCGAGGUGCCCGAGCUGCAGUCGCUGUGGCUGGGCUACAACCACAUCUCGGCAGUGGAGCCCGGCACCUUCGCGGCGCUGCCGCACCUCCGGAACCUGGACCUGAGCCACAACCGGCUGGCCGAGUUCCCGUGGCAGGACCUGCGCAACCUGAGCGCGCUGCAGAUCCUCAAGCUGAGCAACAACCGGCUGGCCGCGCUGCCCGGCGGGGCGCUGGCCGGCCUGCGGGAGCUGCGCUCGCUCUGGCUCAACGACAACGAGCUCACCACGCUGGCCCGCGGCUCCUUCCAGGCGCUGCCGGCGCUGGCGCAGCUGCAGCUCUUCCACAACCCCUUCAACUGCUCCUGCAAGCUGUCGUGGCUCGGGGAGUGGGCCGACAGCGCCUCGGUGGUCAUCUCCCGGCCGGGCUCCACGCUGUGCGCCGCCCCGCCGCGGCUGCGGGGCCGCGCGGUCACCGACCUGCCGGGCUCGCUGUGCGUGGCGCCCUCGGCGCAGCUCACCUACCUGUCCAGCCCCGCCAGGGCCGGGCCCGGGGGCGGCCCGACGCUCAGCCUGCACUGCAGCGCGGCCGGCAGCCCCCCGCCCGAGAUCCGCUGGCGGAUCCGCACGGCCGCCGGCAGCCUGGACAUCCCCGGCCCCGCGGCCGAGGCGGGCGGCCGGCGCUUCCUGGCCUUCAAGAACGGCACCAUGGCCAUCCCCGACUUCGGCAAGGGCGACGAGGGCACCUACACCUGCGUGGCCGUCAACGACGUGGGCGCCCGCGACGUGUCGGUGAGCGUGGCGCUGGCCGGCUCCGAGCCGCCGCCGCCCGAGGAGCUGCCCCGCGACGACCCGCAGGCCGGGCAGCCCAGCUGCGCCAGGGACGAGCGGCCGGACCCCGCGGCCGUGGGCGAGAAGCUGCUCAUCGUCUACCAUGUGCCCCGGCGGGUCAGGAGCGCGGCGCCGGCCCGGGAGUUCCGCCCGGGGGUUCUGCUCCUGUUUCUGCUGGGGCUGUUCUGGUGAAGGGGGAUCCGCGUGUUGUUUUUUUUUUUUUUUUUCCGUAGUUUUUUUUUAGUGCCUUUGCUGAGCUUUGGAGCCCCACGGGGCCGGGGAGGGCGGCCCGGCCCCUGGAGGAGCUCGGGGAGUGAAUGUGGGGCGGGUCCAGCCCGGAUCCCGCAUCCCGCUUUGCUCCCGGCUGCGGGAGGUGACAAUGGUGACAACGCUGCUGCCACCAGGGCGGGAUCCCAGGAGAAAAUCCCUUCCCCUGGAGCGGGAAAACCGCCUGGGAAUGGGGUCCUGGGGGGCACGGCUGUGACCGAGGGCUGGGAUGGAGCCACGGCCUUGGAGCGGGAAGGAAUUCCCAGGUUUUAUCCCCCUGGAAUGCUGCGGGAAUUCCAACCCCAAAAACCCGCCUGGGCUGGACCCACCGGGCUCGAGCCAAAGAUUCCCAAACCAUUCCCGCUGGGAACGGGGGAAGGACUGGGGUGUUCCCAAACCCCUCGGGCAGGAUUUGGGAACGUCCAUCGCCCCCGCACCGGGACCGCCGCCGGAAUUCCCGGUGGGAUCCGGGCCCGCCCCGCAGCCCCCCGGCCUCGCAGCGCCCUGUAGGGACAGCAAUAAAUUUAUGCCUUUAAUUAACGCCUUUAAUUAACGCCUUCAAUUAAGAAAUACCUGCAAUAAACACCUUUAAUAAAUCAACCAUUUUAAUAAAUAUUAAUACCUUGAAUUAAUAAACA